AUGCAACCCGAAUUAGACAUUUCGAGAAUCGAAUUUGAAAAAAUUUGUGAAGUGCAAUCCGACAAAGCUAGUGUAGAAAUUACAUCACGUUAUUCCGGCACUAUUAAGGAAUUACACUAUGAAGUUGGAGAAAUGGCUAAAGUUGGAAAACCAAUAGUUGACAUAGAAACUGAAAGCGCCUCGGAAAAACAUGAAGAGUUGGAAUCCGAUGAAAAUUCU